GUCAUUAGAAUCAUGGUAGGUCGCUGUUGGUUUACAGGGCUAUUUUUAUUUGGCCGGUUUUAAAUCUUGUAAGUGUGGUUUGCCAAAUUAAAAGGGCUGAGGUUUUUUGUUGUUUUUUUUUUUUAAACACGUGUCCUUCUGAAUGGAACUAUUGAAUGGGAUGAACAGAAGUGUCUGUUAGCAAAACGUCAAGUUGCGCACAACAGAGAGAGUCAUGGCAGAAGAAAGUUCGAGUAGCAGUGUAGUUUCUACUGUUAACAGCCGUAGCUUUCAUAUGCGACAGGGCCUUUCCACUCAAGACGGAGGACCAAGAGGUGGGAUAUUCAGUCUGACAGAUACGGAGGAGGACGUCCAGUUUGAUACCUCAGAUUCGGACAAUAACUGUGAAGUAUUGCUGUCGGGAAGACAGUAUCCAUCAAUCCAGGAAUUUGCCUCUGUAAUUCCCAACCAACUGCUGCUGGGAUCUCUACUGGAACACUUGUGCUUUGUUUACGAGCAUGAUCCUACGCGUUCACGUAUGCUGUUUAAGGUGAUAGGUCAUCGUUUAGCUGCCAUGAACCUUCUGUCUCCACUGGCUAUCAGUGAUGAGUUUAGUACAGUUCGACUACAGCAUAACCGAGCAUUCACAGAGCUCCUGCAUGCAACCAGCUCAUCACUCUUCCCCCAGGAACAUAGAUACUUGAGUACAGAAGGGCAGAACCUAAGAACUAAGGAUGGUCUUUUCCAAGCACAGACAUCCCGUUACCUUAGUGAAUUUGAAGAAAUAGCAACACUGGGUAAAGGAUCCUAUGGCAAAGUGUUUAAGGUCACAAACAAGCUUGAUGGCCAGGAAUAUGCAGUGAAAAAAAUUCUCAUCAAGAAAGUAACAAGAGAUGACUGCAUGAAGGUUCUCAGGGAGGUUAAAGUGCUUUCCAGCCUUCAGCAUCCCAAUAUUGUUGGAUAUCACACAGCAUGGAUGGAGCAUGUUCAGCCUGCAGUGAAAACAUUUCCAGCAAUAGAGAAACCUUUACAGAAAGAUGGGUGCACACAAGAAAACACUAACAGCAGCGAGGGAUCAUCUAUUGUUUUUGAACACUCUAAACAAACAGAAUCCAAAGAAAAUCAGGUUGCAUUAGAGAGCCUAUCGGUGAAACCCUCAACUUCAAAAGAAGAGACGGGCCAAGCUGUUUGCCCAAAAAAUGUCCGCAACCCACAAAACUUUGUUCCGUGUGUGUUUCUGGGAAAGCCUCGUGCUACGGCGAACAAAUGCCCUGCAUCUAAAUGGGACAGCUCAACACUCUCAGAGGAUGACCUCAGUCAAAACAGACUGGAAUUGAACAAUAACUCUUACAUCGAUACAGAUGCUCCUGAAUGGUCCGAAACACAGGCACAUGGGGCUCAGUUCCACUUAAUGCUUUAUAUACAAAUGCAGCUAUGUGAGCGAUCUUUGAAAGACUGGAUACAGGAAAGAAACUCAAAGAUCACAGAGGGACUCUUGACGUCAGUAGAUACUUGGGAGUCCAUUGACUUUGAACACGGAUUGAAAAUUUUAAAGAAAAUACUUGAAGGAGUGGAGUACAUUCAUUCCCGUGGUAUUAUGCAUAGAGACCUUAAGCCUAGAAACAUUUUCCUUCAUGGACCAGAGUGUCAUGUGAAAAUCGGGGACUUUGGGUUGGCUUGCCGGAACUUAAUAAUGGACGAACAUGAGCAGCUGCCCUCUAGCUCUCAAGCAGGUGUAAACACAGACUCGGCUCACACUAGUGGAGUAGGAACUUUUGUUUAUGCUGCCCCAGAACAACUUGAGGGAUCUCACUAUGAUUCAAAGUCGGAUCUGUACAGUAUAGGAGUGAUUGCGUUUGAGUUAUUCCACCCAUUUGGGACUGAGAUGGAGCGUGUGCACACACUUGGAGAACUACGGCAAGGCAAGAUUCCCAACAUGCUGUCCAUAAACUGGCCACUUUUAGCCAAAUACAUCACCUUACUGACCAGCACGGAUCCUUCAACCCGACCAAGUGCAUCUCAGUUACUUCAGAGUGACCUCUUCAGCACCAGUGACGUGGUUAUUCAGAGUUUGAAAUGCAAGAUUAAUGAACAAGAACAAGAAAUUGUUCAGCUCAGGAGACAGAUCAGUGAGCUACGGAUCUCUCAAAAUGCAAUACACAGUGCAGAAAAGAUAUAAUAAUAGUAACUAUUUUGAACUGCCACAAGUGCUUAAUAUUUGUACAUUAUUGUGAAUUGUUGUUUAGAGAUGGUUGUAUGUGUGAGGUCUGCUCUGCUUGUAUGUAUAUAAAAGAGUGCCAUAUUUAAAAAGUGCUGACAAAAGGUAUGUAAAGUAAAGUCCCAUGCCAUGGUG